AUGUGGCACUGUCGACGCUCUUUUUGGUGUCGUUUGCGGAAUUCGCCUUGGCAGUCAACAAAGAAGCCACUAUACGCGUUCGACUCACGAGCAAUGGACUGCACUUCUUCAGCGAUAUCGCUCAUCACAUCGUAUUUCUCCUUCUUACUGUGUCAACUCAGUCGAAAUACUUUAAUGAAGAUAGCUGAAUCGAAGUGUUAUUUUCAGCUGGAUUACGAAGUUCAAGGAAUUCAAUUUCCAUCAAUCUCAAUUCCAAUAAGUGGCGGUAGUUUGGGUAGUGGUACGGUGAAUGUGAGCGAUCUGAGAAUACAGUCGUUCAAAUCACCGAAUAUCAAAUUCAAAUUGAUACCACGGAAUGGGAUUGGCUGGAAGAGUAACGGUGGUGCGGUUAAGGUGUACGGGAAUUGGAAAGCUUCGUACACACUUGUCAUACCGAUUUACAUGUCAGGUUAUGUUCGAGCAUCAGCCAAUGAUAUUCGUACGCUUCUUCAAACUGAAUUCGACGUUGCUAAGUUGAGACCACAGCUGAAUAUUGACGCGUGUUCGAUGGAUGUAGAAAAUAUUGAUGUUUCGAUCGGUGGUGGGAUCAUACCGUGGAUUGUGAACUUGUUCCGACCAGAAUUAUCUGCUUUAAUCAAAGAAGAGAUACGCUCUCAGGUAUCAUUUUCUCAAUUGAAUGCAUAA